CCCGCACGAGGCUCGAGACAUCCGCUCCUGGCAUGGCCGGUAAGAGCAGGUUGGGACCCUUGAAAAGAAAAGAAAAGAAAAAAAAAAUAACAGAAAACAAGCAAAACAGAAAGAAACGGGGUUCCAACCAUCUUCAAAGAAAAUAGAGCACCUUGAAAAAUGUGAGUCCAUGAUCCUUUGUUUUUGAGAAUCUCUUCAUCCACGAUUCAUUUGUCCUCUCUUCACUAUUUGCCAUGAUGCCGACUCGAUAAGAAGCUUUGAGAUGACUUGUGCGUCGGUUGACCUCGUAAGUUGCUAAAUGAUCUAGGAAGUCCUCUACCUACGAUCUGGGUUGUUUGUUGCUAUAGAGGUCUGGAGAGUUGCAUUGGUUUGAGUUAGGUUUGCUUGGGGACAAGCAAACGGUUAAGUGUGGGGGAGUUUGAUAGCCCGUUAGUUACACAUGUUUUCACCCCUGUUCUUACACCGUUUGAGAUGUGGUUUCUCGUGUUUUAGACCGAUUUCACGCUAGGUUGUGCUUGUUUGUGAUAUUUCAGGUCCUGGCAAGUGAAUGAAGGUUUAGGAGCGAGUUCGGGGUCGAUUGGGCGAAGAUCGGGCGCGAGACAAGUCGCAAAGGAGGUCACACGGGCUACCCUGAUGUGCACACGGCCGUGCGAGAGGCCAGCCUGGCCGUGUGACAUUCUGCGAGAGCAGACACGGGCAGAGCAGCAGAUUGACACGGCCGUGCAAGUGGCCGGGUUGGCCGUGCCACAUUCGCCGAGAGCAGACACGGGCAGAAGGAAGUCACACACGGCCGUGCCACACUGGCCGUGUAAGAAGCCUGGAAUUCGACUAAGUGAUACAGUGCGUUUUGCCUCACACGGGCAACUGGGUAGGCCACACGGCCGUGCCACCCUGCCCGUGUGAGUCGGGAUUUCCUGGUUUUAAGCCAAAUUCCGAACCAAAGAAGAGGAGAGCUGGGUUUUUGAUCCCAAACACCCAAGGGACGAUCCAAAGAGAGAGAGGGCGAUUUGAGGGCAUUCUUGGAGUGGAGUUGGAGGAUUUCUUCGCCUUGGAAGCUUGAGGAACAAGCCCGGACUUGAAGACUGAUCAUCUGAAGAUUCUUACUGCAGUCUCUCUCUUCUCUAUGGAGUAACUUCCCUUCACUUAGGUUUUGAGGAACCCUAGCUAUGUUUGUUUGAUUGGAUGAUUGUAUGAGUACUCUGACUGGAUAAUCUUGAGUUCAUAUUCAAUCUAUGCAUGUUUUCAUGAUUCAAUUAUGCUUUAGUCGAGAUCAUUGAUUCUGCUUUGAUUCUAUGAGAGGGAAUACCUGAUUAGGUCAAUAGAGCACCAUAGAUUGAUAGUAGUGGAUCGAUUGCUUUAGUCGAGGGUUGAUUCACUGCUUUGUAUCGAUUGAGAACCCCUUUCGAUAGAGGGAGUCUAGUUCAGAACGCCUUGAUCAGUUGUUCUAGAGAAGGAUACGUCCCUCUAGGCAAUUGACUCAAGAGGGCCUUGUUCCUUUAGUCGAGACUCAAGGUCUAGUCAAGGAUUCUCCGCAUUGUGAAUGAAAGUGAAACAGGUUAGAGAUCAUCAAUCAUUAAUCUGGCUAGUGGCUAGGGGGAAUCAUACCUAAGUGAGUUCCCAACCUGUAAUUAGAUUAACUUUAACUGUAGUUUGCUAGAGUAGUUUUAGUUCUUUCAUCUUAAUCUGAUUUGCUAAAUAAUAAACUGAAGCUGAGUAAUAGUAACUCUAGAGACCCGUGGAUUCGAUAUUUAUCACUUGAGCCACUAUACUGCAGUCCCUUCCAUUGGUUACACUUGGCCUUUGUUAGGUGUUGUGUUUUAGAGCAUCAGUAACCUAGUCCUACCCCUACUCGGCUACCCCCUUCCCAAACACAAAAAGGAAAACUUGACCCAAAAGAAAAACACCCUAGCCCAAACCGAAAGUAACCCAAGAGCCCAAACACGGUAAAUAACCUCAUCAAUCCUUCCCCCUCAAAGAACCUUGGUCCCCAAGGUUCGUUCCAAUGCCGAGAUGCGGUGGUCGACGACGAAAAGAACAGAAGCUCUUGCGGUGACGUUGAGGCUCCCGUCGCUUCCGAAACUUCAAGCUUGCACUUUGGCCUAUACUCUUCGUUCUUGUAGUGGCUAGUACUCUCAGAUCCUCAGCUUAGUCAUUGGCAACACGGUCCAAUGAUUCUCCUCCCAUGUGUGACCUGGGCCAAUUUAUUUUCGGAUGGCAUUUUCGUAAUUUACGGGGCGACUAAAGGCCAUUUUCUUCUGAUUUUGAAGGAUACAGGUCACGGAAUCGGCCUUAGGCUAUUAUUCAACGAUGAUUAAGUCCAUUAAGCAGCGAUUUGGUCGGAUUUAUUCCGGGUCAAUUUUUGGCAUAUUCCAAAGGGGUACCAUCACAAAAUUCGGGGGAUUUUUUCGAAAUGCCAUUUUCUUGCGAUUCUGGAUGCUACAGAUCACGGAAUCAGGCCGAGGCUAUUCUACACCAAUAAUGAAGUCUAUUGAUCCUAUUCCCCAUGGAUGAUAAGUCCAUUAAGCACCGAUUUGGGCCAAUUUAUUUUCGGAUGCAUUUUCGUAAUUUAUGGGGCGACGAAAGGCCAUUUUCAUUGGAUUUUAAAGGCUAUAGGUCACAGAUUCGGCCUGAGCCUAUUCUUCAACGAUGAUUAAGUCCAUUAAGCACCGAUUUGGGCGGAUUUAUUCCGGGUAAAUUUUUGGCAGAUUCCAAAGGCAUCGCAGGUUUCAGGCAGUUUUUCCAAAAUGCCAUUUUCUUUCGAUUCUGGAGGCUACAAAUCAAGGAAUCAGGCCGAGGCUGUUCUCCACCGAUAAUGAAGUCUAUUGAUCCUA